AUGUUACCACCUCUCUCCCCCACGGUCGUUCUCCGCCAUGUCUUGCGGGUCGCUGUUCCUCUCUCAAUAGUGCUUACCGUCUACCUCUACCUCUAUCCCAUAUUUUCAACAUGCGGCUUUCCGCUACCUCCCAACGCAGAUGGUAGAGCUCCGAGUACGCGCGAGGUCUUUUGGGAGACGGUAAAGCUGCAUUACCCUGUGUUUGGAAAGUCGGCAGCCCAAAGCAAUGUUGCCGAAAAUAGCGAAGACUGCAACGAGGAAGCAUCCGAAAUCCCUGACGUUGUAGUACCCCGAGCGCCCGGCCGACAUGCACCAUUUCGCCUCCUCGCCUUGGGCGACCCGCAGCUAGAAGGCGACACCUCCCUUCCAAGCCACUACAUGGCCUCGCUGUUCCCGCACAUCGGCAAGGUCUGGCGCGACGCAACCUUCCAGACUUCUCACUACUCGCUGCGCUGGCGCAUACGGCAGAUCAUCCACGACUUUGUCGACAUAUUCUGGAUCGAUUUCUUCAACAACAUCGAGUCGAUCCGGAAGCGCAUCGACCUGUACGGAAACGAUUUUUACCUUGCUCAUAUAUACCGCUCGGUGAACUGGUGGACGAGACCGACACAUGUCUCCGUGCUCGGGGAUCUGCUUGGCAGCCAAUGGCUCACGGACGAAGAGUUUGACCGCCGCGCAGACCGCUACUGGAACAGGGUGAUGCGCGGGGCGGAGCGUGUCCCCGACGAGGAGGCGCCGUACCCGGCGGACGAGUACGAGCUGGCGGGCUUUCUGCACAAUGGAGAUCCACGCCUGCCUCCCAACAACGGGACGAAUGCUGUUUGGGCCAGGCGUGUGAUCAACAUUGCGGGGAACCACGAUAUUGGAUAUGCAGGCGACAUCAACGAGGAGCGGAUGGCCCGGUUCGAGCGCCGUUUCGGCAAGGCCAACUACGAGCUGCGCUUCGAGGUUCCCGAGUCGGCGCUGUCUCCAACGGCAGCGGCCACGGUCUUUGACCCUGAAGAAAACCCCCACUCUGACCGCCUUCUGCCGGAGCUGCGCCUCGUCGUUCUCAAUAGCAUGAACCUCGACACGCCGGCCAACUCGUCGGAGCUGCAGGAUGCGACGUACUCUUUCAUAAAUAACGUCAUCAACACGGCGUCGGCCGUCGAGUACAAGGGACACUUCACCGUGAUCAUGACGCAUAUACCGCUGCACAAGCCCGAGGGCGUGUGUGUCGACUCGCCACUGUUCCAUUUCCACGACCACGACGGCAGCCUUCGCGAGCAGAACAUGCUCUCUGUUGACGCCAGCAAGGGCUUCCUCGAGGGCAUCCUCGGUAUGAGCGGCGACUCGAUGGCCCCGGGCAACGGGCGGGGGCGGAAGGGCGUCAUCCUCAAUGGCCACGACCACGCCGGUUGUGACACGUACCACUUCAUCAACCAGUCGCGUGGCGACGGCCCCGCAGACCGCAGCUGGGAGGCCCGGCGCUGGCGCGAGGCGGCGCUGAGGAGGACGGCUCCCGAGGGCGCCGCGGCGGGCGAGGACCAGGUCCUGGUCGGCAGACCGGACCACCCCGGUGUGCGCGAGAUCACGGUCCGGAGCAUGAUGGGCGAUUUUGGCGGCAACGCGGGCCUGCUGAGCGCCUGGUUCGACGAGGAUGCCUGGGAGUGGCGCUUCGAGUACGCUACCUGCCCCCUCGGCACCCAGCACCUGUGGUGGUUCGUCCACAUCCUGGACCUGGUUGUCAUCGUCGGACUUCUCGCUUACCCCGUGGUUAAGGUCGCAGAGAGCAUGGGAGUCUUUGCGGCGGCUCUGGAAAAGCUUGGCGGCAAGGCCCGCGGGUCCGCGGCGGCCGGGAAAGCAGAAAAUAACGGGGCAGUUGUCAAGGUUGAGAAGACUGCCAUCAAUGCGAAGGCUGGGCUUAAUGGGGCGCUGUCACAGCCCUCGGUUGCUCCCUUAUGA